UUUCCCUUCUUUUGCUGUAUGGAUAAAGAAGUAGAGUUGAAUAAGAUAAAGCAAAAAUUAUUAAAAACAGCAAGUUUUUAGAUACUGGAGUAUAAAGAUAUACCAACUACUUGGAGAUUGGAUUUAAUACCUUUUGAUACUUCAAAUGAGAUAAAGUCAUGGACAAUAUAUAACAAUAUGAUACCUAUCACGUCUUAUUCACAAUAUCCUUUUAACCCUCAAUCAGAGUGUCUAGAUGAUAAUCUAGAAAAGAACCUAAGAGAAUCUCAUGAGAGAGAAAGAUACCUAGAGCGUAUUAUUCAUUCACAAGCAAAUCAACUUAAAUCACCUUCUGUUGAAAAUACGCUUCAUACUUUAAAGAAUAUUUACUUGUAUAACCAAAAUGAAUCCAAGAUACAGCACUCGAAUGAAAUGGAUAGGCUAAAGAAUGAAAUAGAUAUGCUAUCAAGGAAACGGCAUAGGCUCGAUGUGAUUACUCAACAUCUGAAUCAUUUAGAAUUAUUUACAAAUGAGUCGCAGGAUGAGAUUCAGGAUAGAAAAUGGCUAUUAUGGAAAAUAAAGAUGAAUGAGCUCAAGUUGGCAAUGAAAGAUAUCGAAUUGGAAGCACUUUAUCGUAAACAAUCGACUAAUUUAACCAACUUGAGUCUCUUGGCUGAUAAGUUACUAAAAGAUGAUAAUAAGAAGCGAAAGAUGAACGAUGACCGACAACGAUGGUCAAGGAUGUGGUCAAGGAAAGAAGACGAGAUACUGAUGGAAACAGUUCAGAACGUAGGAACAAGUGACUGGCAAAGAAUAUCCAAUUGUUUGCAUGAACGUACCCCUCACGAGUGCUUUGAACGUUGGCAGAUGAUAUCCAGUAAUCCAAGAAAGUUACCCUCGAUAUCAGCUUUACUAGACUAAAUUUUAUUGUUAUGCACUGACAUUUCUUUUUUAUUAUUAUUAAAAAUGAAAUUUGUUACCCUUUGAACUGACAGACUUCACUCUUGAAUAUAAUCGUCUUACUUUUGAUAGUCUGAAGCCAAUGAAGACAGACCUUUUCUGCUACGAUAAUUGAUGCUUAAAGAAGCUUACGAUCAUCUAAACGCGAAAGGGUCGCUUUUCAUCCUUUCGUUUGAAUACUUGACAUGAUGUGUUGACAUUUACAUUUCAUAGCCAAAGUACAUCACAUACUCUAGAGAAAAGUACAUUAUGAUUUCUGGCAAGACAGAGUAUCUUUUUCUCGGGGAUCUCUUAUCAAAUUGCUCUUAUGCAUGACUUUGUACCUCAAAGCAUUAUCAAAGUGAUCUGAAGCUUG